AUACAUUUUAGUCGUUAUGAACAGUUCUAGCUAUGACUUUUGCCUGUUCUUAAAAGAACCAAAAAAUUCUCUAUGGAAUGACAGUACUCCUCAAAAUGACAGUCAUAGAGAAAAAUUUUGACAGUUGAAAGCAGUUGAAAGAGUGAUAAAUUUAUUCGGCCUCGAAAUAAAAAAGAUAUUUUUUAUUGGCUGCUGCGCAAAUCCAGUAAAAACAAUGCAGCAGUUAACAGUUUUUAUGGUAAGUUGUAAACAUAGAUUUUAAUAAAUUAAUUAAGUGAUCGGAUUUCUAUCUGGUCGGGUAACCUCUAAUCAUUUUCUUUACAAGGAUAUUGAAAGUUCUCGUUCAUAUAUCGAUGAGCUCUAUUCAUCGGAUCCAAGCAAGAUCGUAGAGGCGUUGGUAACGCUGAAGAAUUCAGUGAUAGGAAGCAACCGGCAGAAAGGUUCAGUGAUACAGCAGGGAGUCGUGCCUCGAUUGCUACAGCUCAUGUCAGAUGAUACUUUAGAUCCCAAUAUAAGGCUAGAAGCUACGAUCACAAUAGGUAAUAUUUUUAUUACAAAAUGUUUUUGAGAAUGUCCUCUAUUAUGCGUAAAAUUAGCUCUAUUCACUCCUACAAAUUAUUAUUCUCUGAAUCUCUGUCAUUGGGUAUUUAUUUAUAUUGCUGUUUUAGAGUUAUUUUUGAUUUGGUUGCAUGAUGAGUAAAUGCAACUUCCACAUUGAUGUACACAUAAGCAUUUACCUAGGUAAUUAGGAAGAAUUAAAAUGAAAAUAAAAAUUGAUUGCAAACAGGUUCAUUAGCAAAAGGUACUGCUGAGAAUGUUAAUUCUCUAGUUGAACAAGAAACAGCCACAGCUUUAGUUGAACUGCUGAAAACAGUUCCCAUAGAGACUAAACUAGCAGAAGCAGCUCUAUGUGCCUUAAGAAGUAUCUUCCUGCAUCCCCCUGCUCCUAUAUCGGCUCUGCCAGCUGAUAUGAGGCUUCUCACAAGACUGACACAGAUAGCCCGUGAGGGUUCUGGCACUGCUCGAGCAUGCGUGGUACGCAUUCUGUCGGUGUGGUGUGGUAGUGUACGAGAGCAGGAAGCAUUGUGUGCGGCGGGCGCCUGUGGAGCUGUGGCCGCUGCUCUCGCGCCCUCGCCUUCAUCCACACUUUCGCCUUCACGUGCACUAUCGCCACCCGCUAGGGUACUUCCCGCCCUGGAUCUACUUGCCGCGAUGUGCUUCGAAAACCCUACUGUGUCAGAAGUGGCGCUCGAAACAAGAUACGGCGACAAAAGUAUUCCGGAGCUGCUAAUGGCUUUGGUGUCUCGUGACAAACCCCUGCCAGUGGCGAUGGGUGCCGCGCGAUGUCUCACCUUCAUACACCGCGCUGGCGCCCUGCCCGCUGAUGACAAUAGAGUGGUAUUUGGGGCCUUACCAUGUCUAGCACGUCUAUGUACUAAGGAAAUUCCAGAAGAAAUCCGGGCAUCCGCUGCUGAGACUUUAGCUUAUUUAGCAGAGGUUGACACGUCACUUCAAAGGUUGGCAGCGAUAUCUAAUCACCUGAUGAGUUCACUGGCGGACAUAGUCAACUGUCCGUCGGCGGCGGCGAAGCAGGGCGCGUUCAAAUGUUUCGCGUCCCUCGGCGCCAACGACGAGGAUAUCAGGAAGAGGAUUAUAGAGACCCACGGGCUCAUGGUGCAUGUGGUCAACGGAAUGAAUAACCCCGAGCCUUCCGUGCGAUUGGCAGCAGUGAGAUGCUUGCACUCACUGUCGAGAUCGGUACAACAGCUGCGGACGACGUUUCAGGAUCACUCUGUGUGGCGGCCGCUGAUGCAGCUCUUGAGCGACUCGCCCGGCACAGAACUGCUCACCGUGGGCUCCUCGACACUCUGCAAUCUCCUACUUGAGUUUUCACCAGCCAAAGAACCAAUGUUAGAUCAAGGAGCCGUUGAAAUGUUAUGCAAUUUGACAAAAAGGCCGGAAGCGGCGUUGAGACUGAAUGGAAUAUGGGCGCUUAUGAAUAUGGCUUUUCAGGCCGAACAAAAAGUGAAGCAACGCAUCCUCUGUUGCUUGGGUACCGAACAGAUGUUUCGGUUGCUUGGGGACAGUGACACCCGCGUCAUAAUGAAGACGCUGGGUUUAUUGAGAAACUUACUGUCCACGAGACAGCAUAUUGACGCUAUAAUGAGCGAGUAUUCGUCACAAGUUAUGCAGGCUGUGAUAGUGGUGUUAGAGGGGUCGUAUCCUGCCGAAGUAAAGGAACAAGCGCUAUGUAUCCUUGGUAAUAUUGGUGAUGGAGAGAAAGCUAAAGAUCUCAUAAUGGCUAACGAGGAUGUGCUUCGAAAACUGGUUGAUUACUUGGCGCAUCCGGAGAGCAAGUUGCAGGAGGCGGCGUUAUUCGUGGCGGGUAAUCUGGUGUGGCGCGGGGAGGCCGGCGCCGCCGCGAGACAGGCUCGACUCGCGGAGCUCGGAGUGCUGCGUGCACUGAAGCUGCUGCGAGUGAGACACGACGCCGCACACCUACAUGACAAGGUUAAGACUGCACUUGCUCAAUUCAACGAGUUUACAUAA